GUUACUUUUAACACCUUUUUGUGUAAAAAAUGAACACAUCCUUUAUUAGAGUGUUCUUACUAAUGUCAUUAUACACUUAUUUCAUAGUACUCUCUGACUCAUUUAUAUAACCGAAACAACAAAUGAAAGGACUAUGUGAUGUUUCUAAAAGUAUGAAUCUGAUUGACAGGGGCGGUGAGAUGCUUCGAUGUGAUUGGAUAUUCUGGAGGAAGUGUUCUUGUUAAUUCAUUAAAACCGUGGCACAAAAAUAGUGCUAAAUAUAUGCAUGAACAUCAACAGACAAUGAUAAUAAAUCAUAAGAAACAUGAUCAGUGGAUUAAUGAAGGAAGGUUUACUCUGUUUCGUUACAUUGAUGGUAAUCUGAUGAUCUACAUCAGAGAUCUGAACACAGAGGAUUCUGGGACAUACCGGAUUGGGGUUGAAGGCCAUUGGUACAAUGAUAUGUCUUUAGAUAUAAAAGAAAAUUCAUGUUGUGAGGCGUCACAGACAGUGAUGGUGAAUACUGGAGUAACUGCAAACUUCAGAUGUCAAUAUUCACAGGAUUAUAAUACCAAUGCUAAGAUCAUAUUUAAAGAAGGAAAAGACUCAAUUGAUAUUAUCUACAGCAAAUGGAGGAAGAACGAGAGAUUCAGUAUUUCUGAUGACAGAGAUAAAAACCUCUUCAGUGUCAAAAUUACUGAUGUGAGAUCAGAAGAUGCAGGAGUUUAUUUAUGUGGAGUUUGGGUUUACAGAGACUCCUACAGUUACUCUAUUAUUACUGCUGUUUAUAUGAAAAUUAUGAGUAAAGUGGGUGUGGUCAGAGUGACCGGUUACUCAGGAGCUCAAAUAAUCUUUAAGUGUUAUCACCCUCAAUACAAAAGAAACCUAAAAUAUCUCUGUAAAGAGUCAGGUGGAUGUUCUGAGAGGAAAUAUCCAUCAGUUCAGGAUCAAUGGAUGAACAAUGAAGAUGUUUCUCUAUAUGAUGACACCACAGCAGGAGUCUUGUUGGUGUAUUUUAGAGAUCUGAAUGCUGGAGAUGCUGGAACAUACAGGUGUGGAGUGAAUGUAUCUCAAUAUACUGGGAGCUUCACGGAAAUCCAGCUGAGUGUUAAACAAGCGUUGGCACAUUGGUUGGUUAAUAAAUCUGUUCAUCUUGGUGAUGAAGUCAAUAUUACUUGUCAGAUCUCAGAGGAACAUCAAGUCAGUCCAAAACUCUUCUGCAAAGAGGAUGAAAAUCACAUCUGCCAAAACAUCAACACAUCUGAAGUUAAACUUCAUGAUUUACCCUUACAAAAGUGUUUUUACUGUGACCAUCAGUGAUGUGAUGGUGAGAGAUGUUGGAGUUUACUGGUGUGGAGCAGAAACCACUGGGAGAGAUUUAAGUCUCAUCUCUCUGACCACUAAAG